GCUUUGCUUGCUUGGUCUCAGGAGCAGCCACCAUCCACAUCCCAACCCCCCCAGCCUCGAGCCAGCCCCAGGAUGAGUCUUGGGGACUCCUAGGCAGUGGGCAGCAGUGGUCGUCUUCACAGGCCUCCUGUCCAGAGGAGGAGCCCGCCCAGGUAAGGGCCAGGCCUCGCGGGCUGAGCGGUGUCCCCACAGGCACAGACAGCGCCCCAUUAUGAGGCAGCCUGCAGCUGUGCCCCGCUCAAGAGAAAGGCCAUGAUUUAUUCCGCACGUCCGAACGGAGCCUCAUUAUAUGGGGCAAGACACAAGGACCCUACAGCAAGUGUCCUGAAAGAGUCCCCUCUCAUUCGACCAAACAAGGCUCCUCAGCCUCCCAGCCUCCCCAUUCACAAGACCCCCUCUACAGUCCCCGAGCAGGCUUAGGAGCCCAGGCCCGUUGCCAUGGCGGCCAGCCGCUCCCUGCCCCCCAACGGUAGGAAAUUACCCUGUGCUGAAACGUCCUCUUGUCUCCGUCAGGCCUGGCCAGUCCCCCCGCCCAGCCCGCGCCCACUCCACGGCUUCCAACACAGUCACACACUCGGCCUCUGUGACGCUCAGUGGCCAAGCUGGGGGGGCCGGGGGGGACACGCGGGCUGGGACACACUGAAAUAUUCACGACCCAGUGGCAGCAGAGACAGCCGUAGGAGUGGCCCACCACACAAGGAACCUCUCGGAAUGAAGCGGCCUUUCAGGGCCAGAGGGGCUGCGGCCUCCCCUCCUCUCCUUAAAUAGCCAGCCCUUCGACCACAGCUGCACGGAGCCCACCGGCAGUGCCACCACCCACUGGCCACAGCCCACCUGCCACCCCGCAGCCCUCCUGCCCUCGCACCUGGACCCGGCUGUGAGAGGUCCCAGGCUCUGGAACCUGUCUGGUUGUUCCCUCCAGGCUCGUCCCCCGGCUCUGCUUCCGGCUGAAGCAUGAAUGGCCCGGAGGUGGCUUCCCCAGGUCUGACCGCCAAUGCCUCCCUGGCCACGGCAGAGCAAUGCGGCCAGGAGACGCCCCUGGAGAACGUCCUCUUCGCCUCCUUCUACCUCCUGGAUUUCAUCCUGGCUUUUGUUGGCAAUGCCCUGGCCCUGUGGCUUUUCAUCCGGGACCACAAGUCAGGCACCCCAGCCAACGUAUUCUUGAUGCACCUGGCUGUGGCCGACUUGUCCUGCGUGCUGGUCCUGCCCACCCGCCUCGUCUACCACUUCUCUGGGAACCACUGGCCUUUUGGGGAAAUCCCGUGCCGACUCACCGGCUUCCUCUUCUACCUCAACAUGUACGCCAGCAUCUACUUCCUCACUUGCAUCAGCGCUGACCGCUUCCUGGCCAUCGUGCACCCCGUCAAGUCCCUCAAGCUCCGCAGGCCCCUCUACGCACACCUGGCCUGUGCCUUCCUCUGGGUGGUGGUGGCCGUGGCCAUGGCCCCGCUGCUGGUGAGCCCACAGACCGUGCAGACCAACCAAACCGUCAUCUGCCUGCAGCUGUACCGGGAGAAGGCCUCCCACCACGCCCUUGUGUCCCUGGCCUUGGCCUUCACCUUCCCCUUUGUCACCACCGUCACCUGCUACCUGCUGAUCAUCCGCAGCCUGCGGCAGGGCCCCCGCGUGGAGAAGCGCCUCAAGAACAAGGCGGUCCGCAUGAUCGCCAUGGUGCUCACCAUCUUCCUGGUCUGCUUCGUGCCCUACCACGUCCACCGCUCCGUCUACGUGCUGCACUACCACGGCAGCGGCACCUCAUGCGCUGCCCAGCGCAUCCUGGCCCUGGGAAACCGCAUCACCUCCUGCCUCACCAGCCUCAACGGGGCGCUGGACCCAGUCAUGUACUUCUUUGUGGCCGAGAAGUUCCGCGAUGCCCUGUGCAACCUGAUCUGUGGCAAAAGGCUCUCAGGCCCGCCCCCCAGCUUUGAAGGGAAAACCAAUGAGAGCUCACUGAGCGCCAGGUCAGAGCUGUGAGCCCCAGGAUGCCAAACCUGGGGCCCACCGCCAUACACUGUCUUCAGAAAGACAGCCCCUCCCCCGCCAGGGUGCAUGCCACCCAGACUCGUGAAGGAGAAGUCCACCUUCUCCCAGCAAGCCACUGUCACUCUCUCCAAGGGCGGAACUCAGCACCCGGUUCUGUCUUAUCUGAUGUGCAAAUCCCUAAAAAAGGACACCCCUUGAUGGGACCAAUCGGCCACCCCCUCUGCAGAGACUGUGCUGGCCCUGCUCACUUGCAGUUACUAGAUACUCAAUGACUUCACCCCGUGGCAAAGGGGGGGCAAGGAGGCCAGAGGAAUGUUCCUGAACAAUGAGUGUCUUUCUUUCCCAAGGGCUGCUUGCUAGACUCCCAACCUCCUUCCCACCACAAGAACCACAAGGCAGCAGGGCUCUGAAGAAAGAGCCCCCAAGGCAGCGGCGAAUGACUUAAGAGAAGGGGGGUGCGGUAAUCCAGGUGGAGGGGGAUGGGGUUUGAGUUCCCUGGGUGGCACCUUUGCCAGAUGACCCCUCAGUUUAGGGGACGUGGCCCAUAACUUACAAUUGAGUGUUGUAAGUACAUUUCGGGCUGGCCACCAGGUGACAUCCAACAAAUGCGGCCUAUGGGCUCAUCAUCUCAAUGCUGUGUCCUUGAUCCCUACACGUGGCCCGACAAUCCCCACGCCUUCUCGGCAGCUGCCUGAUCCCUCUUGAGUUGGUCCAGCAUACGGCAUGGGUGGGCAGACGGGGGGAGCCGGGCUUUGUCCCUGCCUCAGGACAUCUCCAGCAGGGAGCCUGAGCCUGGCAUGGGGCCUUGUGUGGCACUAACCCAGACCAGCAGGGCUGUCGUUAGCCCUGCUCCCUCCCAAGAGGCUCUCCCAGCCGUAGAGGGCCAACCUUCCACGCUAGCAGGUUCCUUUUUGUACCUGAUCACACUGAUCAUAAACAUAACUCUACUUGAAGAUUCUGAAGGUUAUUGUGUUCGGCUGACAUUACUCCCUUCCCAGAACUUCUCCUCGCUUCCACCCAAGAGUGACAAAGAGGACAUGAAGACAGGCUAGGCCAGGCGGCACAUGCUUUUGCCUCUGGUUCUGACAGCCCCGCGCAGGCCUGCCCCACGUGGACAGUCAAGUUCUGCAUCAUGGGCCUCAGAGGGCUGGCCCCGGGCUAGAAGGGUCUGAGCAGGGGCCACACUUCCUUCACAGGAGCCCUUUCCUUCCUUGAGCGCUUCUAGCCUCCCAGGGGCGGGGGCUCAGUGUGAGCUGUAGCUUGGGAAGAAAGAGGCCUCGCUCAGGCCCACACCCGGCGGGCCACCCCUGAUCAGCACGGGACCCCUGUGAUACCAUCUGCCCUCCAAAGCCCCUCAUGUAGACAACAAGACAGGCUCCUGCCCAGGGGCCUACAGACACCAAGACUGACACCAAGCAACAUGGAGCAAGCAAAUGGGUGCGAUCCCUACAGGCAGCAUCCAGAGCAAGGGGUGCGGUGGCAGAGAACAAAGAAGCAACAGGGUAGGAGAGGGCAGGGGAGUCAGACACCUAGGGUGGGCGGCGAUCGUCACUGGCACGGGGAGACCUGCUGGUCAGCCGAGGAGAAAGCAGAGUUUGGUUGGGGACUGUUGUAUUUGGGAUGCCCAGUGGACACCACGAGGCUGAGAACCCGAGGGAAAGGUCUGGGGUGGAGGUAUGCAUCUGAAUCGUCCAGCACAUGCAUGCCAAUCAGAGCUCUGGGACUCUGGACAGAGAUGAGGCCCAUGUGCCGAGCCCCCAGCGAGCCAACAUGGAGAGACAGGUGGAGAGAGGUAAGUCAGGAGAGGCGAGGACCCGGCAUGGGCAGGAAGCGGAGGAAACCAGGAGCCCUGGUUUCCAGGGUCCUGGGCGCCUGAAGGGCAGGCAUUUCAGCAAGAAGGAAAAGCUGCCAGGAAGCCUGCUGAGAGGCCGAGAGGACCAGCAGUGACCCAUGGGUCUGGCAAGCAGAGGGAGGUCGUGGGGGCCGAGCAGACUGGCAGUUGGGGGCACAUGAGAGGAGCCAGCUAGGGCUCUGGGACACGUGGCAGACAAUCGCGGUGGGAGCACAGCUCUGGGAAAGAGAGCAUAGAGUGCAGCCAGGAGCCCCGCUAGAAGGAGCAGGACCUCGGGAGGAGCAGGGACAGGGCCUCCGUGGUGCUGGUGCGUGGAGACUGAGCAGGGCGGGGCGGGGGGGAGGGCACCAGGGCAGGGAGCAGGACAGCCUUCCCCUCGGGGAAGUGGGAGGGGACGUCCUGGUUUUCGGAGGGUGGCGGGCAGAAAGGCAAUGUGGGGAGAAAGGAGCCGUCUUCCUGGAAGGCAGGGACUUAGUCUACCAAGGAACCCUAGCACGGGGUGCCCUGAAUGUCAGAGUCAAUUUGGGCCCCCUGGUUGAGUGGUCUCUCUCCAGCAGCAUUUAGCCAGGGGUACAUGGAAGGAGGUAAGUGGUUGGGGUAGCCAGGCAGUAGUGAUAACCCAAAGCUCUUUGUCCAUCCACUGCAUCUGAUGGUCCCUGCUCCGGCCACCUUCGUCCUCGCUGCCUACUGUCAGCCAGCUCCUGGGAGCACCCCCGGGCCUGGGGCAGGCCCUACUCUCUCCAGCCCCAGCCCUCACCUGUAAACCAGGGGUCUCUUAGCAGCCUCGCCGGUGCUCAUUGGCAGUGUCUGGGUGAGGGCCCUCCUCCCACCCAGCCCCGGCCCA